AAUCAUGAUAUGUGGUCUUUAUGACAAAGCAGAUCACGCUUCUUCCUUCUUCUUCUUCUUCCUCCUAUCUUUCCUUUCCUCUAAACUAAUAAUUCUCAUAAUGGCGACUUCUUCGAUCACUAUACCAACCAUUCGGGGCACCAAGUUUCUCGGCCGGACCCAUCUCUUUUCAACUCCAAACCGAUCGGUUUUCCCGCCUGCAAAGCACCUAUCAAACGUUCAUCGAGUAAAGGCCAUGGGUAAGUUCAAUCUAUGGGAGGUGCUAGGAGGAAGAGGACUAUGCAACGGAGAGAAAGGCAUCGAGAAGGAACUCCAGAGGAACAUAGAGGAAGAGACAUCAGACACUGAAAACCAGACCAAGAAAGAGAGCGACGACAAUAGCUUGUCCUUCCAAGUUCCUGAAGACGGUUUCGAGAAAGAGAUGAUGGGCCUCACCGGAGGCUUUCCUGGCGGCGAGAAGGGACUGAAAACGUUCAUCGAACAAAACCCACCACCUCCACCACCACCAACGAAGCGAGGAAGCGGUGAUGUUGUGUCAACAAUUGGUACGGAGAAGAAGCCGAGAGCUCCAGAGCUACCGCUUCUCAUGCCGGGGAUGAUAGCUAUAGUCAAGAACUCGAACAGUCCUUACCACAUGUACUGUGGGAUAGUGCAGAGGAUCACGGACGGGAAAGCUGGCGUGUUGUUCGAAGGAGGGAACUGGGACCGUCUGAUAACGUUCAGGCUUGAGGAGCUUGAAAGAAGAGAGAAAGGUCCACCGGGUAAGAAUCCAAAGUCUUGUGUUCUUGAGCCUCUUAUUGAACAGAUGCAAAAGGAGGCAGCACCAUAAGUUGAAAUGUAUAUGUAAACGUACCUUCAAAGUUUCUGACUGGUUCUAGAAUAAAAUUCAGCAAUGUAAUAUAAAAAUCCAUGAAUUCCAAAUCAUUAAUAGGGAGUAAAAUGCAAUCAAUCAGUGUA